AUGGCAUUCUCGUUGCCCGAGCCAGUUAAAUCAAAACUUUACGUUUCACGCUCUACAACAAAUUCCCCGAAUUCGAGACAUGAGAAAAUUAUCACCGGUCAUCCUUUCAAUCAUCACUUGGAACUCCUCAUUCCCUCUCCCAUUUCACCUCAACAGUCGAAACAAUUUUCAAAUGAAAUUCUUUAUUACAAGGCAGAGAUGCCUCUGUCCUAUUUCAUUGAACGUUCUUUUGUGCAGAACUAUGUCAAAAGCGGUCGCGUUAUUGCUUUAAGUUUGGGCGAAGGCAUUGACGUAGAAGAUGUCAUCUCUCUCGACAACUCCGGAAUUUUGACGCUAAAUCUAACCAAGGAUGCUUAUGAACGACUUGGAUUAAGUGGAAAACCGUCAGAGUUUGGGUCAAAGCCGCAACGAUUUGAUUCACGUGAAUCUCAAGAGAUAAACUUUCCGCCAACUUUCAAUGCCAAGAGGUUGACGGUUGAUCAAGGACUUGAAAUCUUGAGCGAUAUUUCAAUCCCGGAAAUGGACUCUAUUAAGAAUAUGACGCGAGAGGAUCGGUGGAGAUCAGAUGCGGUGGAAAUUUAUGAUUGGAUUGGAUUGGCAUCUCUCAAAGCCCAAAGGUAA